GGAGGAAGCGGCGGCGGAGUGGGCGCAUGCGCUCUCGGCUCGCCCGCAGGCUCGCUGGCUUUCUGGCUCUCUGAGCCGCUGCGGUGGGAGCGUUCGGACGCGCGCGGAGCCUCGGAGCCCCGUCUGGCAGAAAUGUCUAAUGCAAAAGAAAGAAAACAUGCUAAGAAAAUGAGAAACCAGCCCACGAAUGUGACCUUAGCCUCUGGCUUUGGGGCCGACAGAGGUGGAAUGCAUCAUUUUGGAGGAGGGAGGCCUUCCCAAUCUCAGAAACAAGAGCUUCAUUCUGGAACCUCACAGCAGUGGCAAGUCAAGACGGGCCCCCACGUGCUUCCCGAGUCUGACGUGAACGAACAGUCUUCCUCCAAAACCAUGUUCAAGAAAAAGGGAGGCUGGAAGGCGGGUCCUGAGGGCGCGUCCCAGGAGAUCCCCAAGUAUAUAACGGCUUCUACGUUUGCUCAGGCACGAGCGGCUGAGAUCAGUGCUAUGUUAAAAGCCGUGGCCCAGAAGUCGUCGAAUUCCCUGGUUUUCCAGACUCUUCCACGGCACAUGCGGCGAAGAGCCAUGAGCCACAACGUCAAACGCCUCCCUAGACGGUUGCAGGAGAUGGCCAAAAAAGAGGCAGAGAAAGCCGCUCACCAGAAGAAAGAACACUCAAAGAAUAAAUGCCACAAAGCCCGGAGGUGUCAUGUCAACCGGACGCUGGAAUUCAACCGCAGACAGAAGAAGAAUAUAUGGCUGGAGACUCACAUCUGGCACGCCAAACGGUUCCACAUGGCGAAGAAGUGGGGUUACUGCCUCGGGGAGAGGCCCACGGCCAAGAGCCACCGGGCCUGCUACCGCGCCAUGACCCAUCUCUGCCUCCUACAGGACUUGUCAUAUUACUGUUGUUUGGAGUUGAAAGGCAAAGAGGAAGAAAUACUGAAGGCUCUUUCUCAGAUGUGUAGCACAGACACAGGGCUGACUUUUGCUGCAGUUCACUGCUUGUCUGGGAAGCGGCAAGGGAGUGUCAUGCUUUACCGGGCGAAUAGGUAUCCCAGAGAAAUGCUUGGGCCCGUUACGUUCAUUUGGAAGUCUAAGACGACCCCCGGGGACACUUCUGAGGAUAGGCAGUUGUGGAUCUGGCUUCAUCCAACGCUUAAGCUGGCUGUCCUGGAGGAAAUGAAAACGACGUGCCAGUGUUCAGAACCCGUCAAGUCAAGUGUCUGUGUUCCUGACCCACUCCCGACACCAGCCCAAGAGGAAAAUCAGCCUGAACUAGCUGAUGACAAAAUUGGCAAGAAAAGAAAACGGGAAGAUGGUGAAGAAGGUGCUAAACGGACUAAGAAAAUUAUUGGUGAUGGGACUAGAGACCCGUGUCAGCCACGUUCAUGGCUCUCUCCUGCUACAGGGGUUGUCAUCAGUGAUCUGACGAUGGAGAUGAACAGGUUCCGGCUGAUUGGUCCCCUUUCCCACUGUGUCCUGACCUCGGCACUGAGGGCUGCUCCUCUACACACAGAGGAAGAGGAUGCAGAGGAGACGCCCCAUCACUGGUGGAGGGACACUUGCAGGAGCUCCGAUGGAGUCAUCCUUCAUCAGAGACAAGAAGCAGUGUUUCAGUUGCUGGGAGGGAUAUCGUCACCAGCGGAAAUCCCUGCAGGUUCUGUUCUGGGAUUGACGGUUAGGGAUCCAAGAGUAAAUUUGCCCCCACAGCGGUCCAGAGCUUUGCCACAUCUGGAAAGAUACCAAGAUAAUGAGCAAGUUAGACAGCUGCUUCAGGAGGGUGUGCCCUUGGAGUGUGCGCAUAGCUUUAUCUGGAACGGCGAUAUCUGUAGGAGUGUCACAGAGAAUAAAAUCUCUGAUCAGGCUUUAAACCGGAUGAGAAGUGAAUUGCUGGUACCAGGGUCACAGCUUGUUUUAGGGCCUCGUGAAUCCAAGAUCCCUAUCCUUUUGAUCCAGCAGCCAGGAAAAGUGACCGGAGAAGAUCGCCUGGGCUGGGGAAGUGGCUGGGACGUCCUCCUUCCCAAGGGUUGGGGCAUGGCUUUUUGGAUCCCUUUUAUCUACCGGGGUGCACGAGUCGGGGGUUUAAAAGAGGCUACGGUGCAUUCUCAGUACAGAAGGUCACCUAACAUCCCCGGCGAUUUCCCAGACUGCCUUGCUGGGGUUCGGUUUGCUGAAGAUCAAGCUAAAGAUCUUCUGGAAAAGUACAAAAGACGGCCUCCCGCCAAAAGGCCCAACUACGUUAAGCUUGGCACACUAGCACCUUUCUGCUGUCCCUGGGAGCAGCUGACUCAGGACUGGGAGUCCAGGGUUCAGGCCGCAGUGCCUGGUGCCCAGGACGACCCAAGACGACUCCCAGGAGUGCCUUGUGUCCCCGAAGAGAUCUGUCAGCCAUCUAACGAGGCAGGUACAUCCGAAAACCAACCCAUGAAGCCAGAAGUCACCGGCUGUGAGGCACAGGCCAGGACUGACACAGUCCUGGGCCAGGGUGCCAGGGAGAGCCAUGUUGCCGCCGCCGCUGGUAGCCAGCUCUGUGUUCUCCGGAAUAGGAAAUUACUGAGGCAGCUCUCUGCUUGGUGUGGGCCGGGUUCUAAGGCCAGGCGGGCUCCCUGCGGAGGCCAGCAAGAAUUAACCAGAAAGGCCUGCUUGUCCAUUCUGGACGGUUUCCCCAGAGCCCUGGUGUGGGUCAGCCUGUCCCUGCUCAGGAAGGGCAGCCCCGAGCCUCGCACCAUGAUCUGCGUCCCAUCCGAGGAGGACCUGCUCCAGCUCAGUCAGGACCAGUGUUACCGCGGACCCCGGGAAUCUAAACACAGCGACCCAUUUAAGAGCCUGAUUCUGAAGCAGAAGGAAAAGAAGAAGCGGCGGAACCGAGAACGCGACGCCCCCGGGAGCCCGGCCGGAGCGGCUCCUGCAACCGGACCGGAAGCUCCGACCAAGGGGCUGUGGUCAGGGCCCCUCCCAGGACUAACUUCACACUGCUCCCGGCUGCUCCUGGGCUUCGUCACGCAGGGAGACUUCUCCUUGGCCGUCGGCGGUGGGGAAGCCCUGGGGUUUGUUAGCCUGACGGGCUUGCUGGAAAUGCUGUCGAGCCAGCCGGCAGCCACAAGGGGCCUGGUGCUGCUGCGGCCUCCCGCCUCUCUGCAGUACCGGUUUGCCAGACUCGCCGUUGAGGUGUGAAUUCGGGAUCACAGCUAUUUUUGUCAAGUCCCACAGAGCGUGCUUGGCCGCCUUUGUCAUCUGUCUUAGACUACAAUGUGAAACUGCUUAGAAACAGGAAUUAAAAUUAUAUAAUGGUGUGGGUGAUGAUCUCUCCACCUUAUCCUAAUAACCCGAGCGUCUCCGUCUUUUCCUGUCCUGGGAAUAAAUGUAGUCUGCUUGUUUAACAUGUUAAA